AGGAGAGAUACCACUUCCCCGUGAGUGGUCCCUUCAAAGCACAGCUGGAUGCGAUUGACAUCAACUUUCAGCAGUCAUCAGCUACCCAAGCCAUGAAGAUCCAACGGUUGGUUCUGGAGACGCCUAUGGAGAUCUCCGUGGGAUAUCACACAAGCCUCCAGCAAGACAUUCCAGGAGGCCUGACUUCCAACGAGACCUUGCACCCGAAAGUGGCCUAUGACACUGCGGUGACCGUUGAGUCGCACUACCCUUAUGGGCUCACGAUCGGCAGCAACAGCUACGACAUGUACAGCUGGGAUUGGCCCACGGUGGAUCUAAACGGCCUUGGGGCCAUUCAAGAGUCGUCCUCCUUGUCUUUUCUCUUUGACACCACGUGGCUGGACGUCGACCGCGGCUUGGGCUGCUCCGAGGCGUAUGAGGAGAACUCCUCCACCAUGAAGUGGGUCAAGGUCGACUCGGAUUCCGACGGAGUACCCGACACCUGGCAGGGACUCUUCGGCUCAGAUGUGCUCCCCGCCAGCCUUUGCGACGGUUUGUACGAUGGUCACGUGGUGGUCACCGAUCAAGGUAUCACAGAGGCUUUCACUGCAGCACAAAGUUCCAAUUCCGCCUUGAAGGUGCUGAUCCGUGACAUCACAGGAACUUCCGUGGAGGGUUUCGAGAUUCGCGAGGUUGUAGCCGCUUGGAAAUACCAAGCGCCUGUAUGGUGGCCUGACGACCCUGACAACUGUUGGUUGGUGAACGAUUCCAUGACAGCCACGGAUGCCUGUUCCUGCAAAGAUACGUGUCGCUGCAUGCCUGGGUGCUCUGAAGAAGACUGUUCCACGGACAACGACACCCUCAGAAGCUAUACUUGUGCCUAUGCAGGAGUUGCUGCAAACAUGACGGCCAGAAUCCAAACCAAAGGCUCCCUUCGCUGGCUUCCAGAGAUCUGGGAGUGUCCUAACGACGCAGCUGCCACUAGCUCCAACUUUGGAGAUGGUGUAUGCGACUGUGGCUGUGCUCGGUAUGAUCCGGAUUGUGCCGGUGCGUCUGGGAAUCCACAGGCAUAUGCAGACGAGCUGGAAACCAAUGGGGCGGAAGUUCGCAACUACUGCGCAGACGAGGCUGUGAUGCUCGGGGAAGACGGCCUCAACUAUACAGUUGAAUCCGCAGGAUGUCAAAACUACUUCCACAUCGGAUUAAAUGACGGAAUGACUUCGCCCAUGCCAUGGCUACCUCGUGGCAUUUGUCAAAGUGAGAGCACUGUGACGCUCAACUUGGAGAUCCCAGCAUACUGUGCCUUUGAUGAUCCAGUGGACCGUACGAUCCUCACCUCCAAUAUGCUGCUGAAAGUCUCUGAAGUCACCGGCUUCGACAACUGCGCGGAGUGGAUUGGACAUGUUCGUGGAGCUCAGUUGCAGAGGCCAAGUAUCGUUGCAGUCAAAAUGCCCAAUGCAAGGCAGUUUACUGCGAUGACGGAGUUUGCUCCAUGGCGAAGUCUGCAAACGAAAGCCUGGAGCUUACUUCACCUGGUUGACGCCGCGGCCAUCAGUGACAGUGACAUCCGCAGUAUUCAGGAGUUGGAACAGUGGCCUGAUCUGAAACUGGUCAUCAAUUCCAACAAACUCUACCAGAAGCCAUUGGAGAUGCUCUUUCGCUCCAUGACAGCGGCGCAGUUCAGAAAUUGGACGGAGGUUCUGGUGAUCAUCGGCGGUUCCGAUCGAGAAAAGGUCUAUCAAGAAAAGGAGGUCACAUACAUUGAGACGAAAUUCAUGAAUUUUGACCUCACUGGUCUGUCAAUGCUGUACCACUAUCGGAACCAUCCGAUGGUUCAUGCCUUGGCAUAUCUCUACAUCUUAGAUACAAGCACCGUGGGCAUGGCAUUUCCCUGGAAAUUCAAUGAACUGGCCUCGACGGGCUAUCACGAAAUGCUCAACCCUCCGAAACCAUCGUCAAACAUUUGCGCAUUUGGACACGGCUUAGUGGAGAAGUAUGGCAAAAACUUUGAUACGCUGUUGACCAAGGAGGACGGUUUGGCCUUCGAAUUUGGCGAGGAGGUCAAAGGAGUGCGGCCGCUGAAUGCCUUUGCCGAAGAGGUGACGCAGAUGCAACCCCGACUGGAACACGGAGAUGCCAUUGAUAUUUAUCACACCGGCCACAAUCGACGGGUGUUUUGGUAUCCAGAUUUGGAUAUCUUCAAGUACAUCUUCUGGUCAAAAACUGGAGAUAUCGAAGGCAACAUCCAAGAGGUGAGCGCUGCGGAGAGUGAGGUGAAGGCUUACUGGUGGCGUUUAUGGAAAUUCCUCACUGGCUGGAAGGGUACCUAA